CAAAUCACGAUGGAUGUGACUUCGAUACAAUCCCCUCUCAUAAUUUACGGACUCGGUCAACGGAGCAGACCAGGGAUUCUGCUAGGGGGGAAACUGGGAAUUUAAUACAGAAACAACGCAAGGAUCAACCGAAGCGCUACUACUCGUACCCACGAGACAAGUCAAGUACAAAUACCAACUCUCUACUUUACAACAGUCUAGGAAAAGGAAGCGACAUCAGAGUUGACUAGGUCUCCCCACGGCAGCACAGAAAGGCGUCUCUGCACGAACGGUUCAUAAAUCAACGAUUGUCUUCGGAUCGUGGAGUCAAGAAGUCUCUGACCAUGCUGAAGUUAACAAUGAAUCCGAGAAAGCGCUCGAAGCGGAUGAGAGCAGCGCAAUUCGGAAAGCUCUAUUAUUCCGGGCAACCAAACGGUCCUUCACGGAUGGAAAUAGAACAAAAAGCAGUCGAGCAUUGUGAAUCGUUGUCGGAUAGUCUCGCGGUCCUCCAAAAGCAAGAGAUUGCCGCAACGUACAAGUGCAAAGACUACCUAGCGAUGACGGAGUUUCGAUUGAAUAUAUACGAUCUCCUUCCAAACGGUCGAAUGAAUAGCGACAUUACGGCCCAAAAUCCUCAGCAACAAUCCCAGCCACAGUGCCCCGUCGAUUCCCAGAUCGACGAGUAUUGCCGAGAGCAAAUCGUGGAGUGGUCUUUUCGCGUGGUGGAUUACUUUCACAUCGAUCGAGAGGUCGUGGUCUUUUCUCUUUCGAUGCUGGAUCGCUUCCUGGCCUUGUGCAAGUGUGACCGGGCCACCUUUAAGCUGGCGGCCACCACGACCCUGCACCUUGCUGUCAAAAUCUUGCACCCCUGCAAGCUUGCAGAGCUCGGCAUCCUCAGCGAUCUGAGCCGUGGAGAAUUUGACAUGAAGGACGUGGCAUCGAUGGAGACGCACAUCCUUGCCGAGCUUCAGUGGCAGCUGCACCCUCCGUCGCCCAUUGCCUUUUGCACCGUGCUUCUGGACCUCUUUUUCAGCUCACAAAAAAUGGGCAUGGUCCACACGGAUGUGAACGACCUGUACGAUAUCUCAUCCUUUUUUACGGAGCUGGCCCUCUGCGACUAUUACUUUGUGGGCGUGACACCAAGUAUAGUUGCGAUUACUUCGAUAGUCAACGCACUGGAGGGAAUGUUUGGCCCCGAGAACAAGGUGGCGCCCCGCAUUCUGAAACUCGCCCGCGAAACGAACAUAUAUCAAAACCAAGACCUGUCCCAGAUAUCCCACCGGUUAUGGGAACUCUACGAGCGAAGCGAGGAGUGCGCCCUCCACAACAACGUGGACGCCAUGGAAGUCGAGAAGACACCGGAAACCGCGACCGUGCCUCCCGCGAGCGCCGCGGAGGUCUUUGUCCGCAAGGGAGACUGCGGCGCCCAGGUCGUCUCGGACACGGGCUCGCCGGUGUCGGUGUCGAAGCACGGAAAGACGCUGUCCUCGAACGAGCUCAUGUGCGCGAUGCGCUCCCAGACGCUCCGCAACGGGAGCUGGUGAGCAUCUGCGUUGUUUCGCAGCGCACCACCGAGGAACCGCCCGGUGUGUCCCACGAAGGCCACGGUAUCGCAACAAGACAUGCUAUUGUAUUACUGUACUUAUUCUCACCGACCUUUAUCCCCAUCCGGGCUCUGGUAUAGACACCCGGAAGCCCGGUUCAUAGAAAACUACCAUAAAAAUAACAACUUACAAUAAAGACAAUGAUAAAGA